AACAUGUGCUGCUCAGAGGUACUUAUUCAAAAUUAAAUGCAUUCCAGCACAUGAAUAAUUGAUCAUUUGGAUAGUUAAGAUAUGUAGUAGAAUAUAGUGUUGCUAGAUGAGAAUGAAGCAUUUUAAGAAGGAGCUUGAUGACUUCCAGUGCAUUGUAAGGUAUAUGGAUGAUUAUAAAUGAGCUACAACCAGGCGUGGACAUGGCAAAACAUACGUAACAACAUACUCAAAGAAUCAAUACAACCCACCUUUCUGUAAGGCUCUCAGCAACCUCAAAACAUAUCUUCCUCUCUGACAGAGAGAGAGAGAGAGAGAGAGAGAGAGAGCAAGUUAUUGUGCUCAAGGAAUCAAGCUCAUCGAUACUGGAUACUUCAUCUGACGGAUUAAAAAACAGAAAUUAAUUGCUUUAAUUUCUGCUGUAUGACUAGGAAGACAUCACUAUGAGUAAAUCAAGAGACAGCAGCCCCACAUUCUUCCUGGAGACAGAUGACCUGACACAGGAGCAAAGGGAAAAGGCCAAACAGAUGAAGAAAGGUGCCUCAAAGGACAAGAGGCCCAUGGAUUCUAAUUGCCUGGAUGAGACCGAUGAGCCUGCACACACAAUUAAAUUGAACCUACACUUUGACAGGGGAAUCAGAAAAGUAAAAGAGGAACCAGCUCAGCAGGACAGUGAGAGGUUUACCCUCAAGAGGCUGUUUGAUGCCGUGUCCAGUGGCAAUGUGUCUAAACUGCAGGGUUUACAUCAGUACCUGCACAAAAACAUGAAACGGCUCACCGACUCUCAAUAUAAGUCCAAUGGAAAGACAGCCCUGCUGAAAGCACUUUUAAAUUUGAGGGAAGGCGAGAAUGACACUAUUGAACAUCUGCUGGAAAUUGCAGAGAAAUUGGGAGAUUUAAAAUUUUUUGUCAAUGCUGCUUACACAGACAGUUUCUACAAAGGUCAGACAGCACUCCAUGUGGCAAUUGAACGGAGAAGUGCAAAAUUUGUACAGAUGCUGGUUAAAAAAGGGGCUGACGUCCAUGCUAAAGCCUGUGGGAAAUUCUUUCAGCCCAAUCAAAAAACUUGCUUUUAUUUUGGUGAGCUGCCCUUGUCACUGGCCGCUUGCACUAAUCAGCCAGACAUUGCGGACUUCCUUAUGAACAACCCUUACCAGGCAGUGGAUGUCAGGGAGAAGGACUCUCAUGGAAACACAGUGCUUCACGCAUUAGUGUCCAUAGCUGAUGACAGUCCUAAAAACACAGAGUUUGUCAUCGCCAUGUAUGACCACAUCUUAUUCAAAACUGACCACCUUCACCCCAAGAUCAAGCUGGAGGAUAUUGAAAAUAAUGAAGGACUCACCCCAAUCAAAUUAGCCGCCAAAACAGGAAAACUGGGGCUGUUAAAGCACAUCGUGCAGCGGGAGUUUAAGGGGCGCCGACAUCUGUCACGGAAGAUCACGGAGUGGGCCUACGGUCCAGUGUGCUCGUCUCUGUAUGACCUCGCCUCUCUCGACACCUACGACAAGAACUCCGCGCUGGAGAUAAUCGUUUAUGGCAGUGAGAUUCCUAAUCGCCUCGAGAUGCUCAAUAUUGAGCCCUUCAACCGACUAAUUGAAGAGAAGUGGGAGAGAUUUGCGAAACGGAUGUUCUUGUUCAACUUUAUCGUUUAUGUUAUCUACCUUUUCAUCUUCACUGCAGUAGCUUAUCACCGCGAAGCAGGGAAGGACUUUAACAACAACAGCCAAUCAUUAAAGCCCCCAUUUCAUUAUAAAAAUAAUAGCCACGACUACUUGCUUCUGACAGGACACAUCAUAAGUACCAUUGGAGCACUUUACUUCUUUAUUAGAGGGUUGAUAGAUUUGUUUAGAAAGCGUCCAGGAUUUCAGUCCCUGUUCAUAGAUGGAUACACUGAUCAGCUUUUUUUUCUGCAGGCCGUGCUUUUCCUGGUGUGUGCUCUACUGUACUGCUUGGGUCAGGACCAAUAUGUGGCCUGGCUAGUUUUGUGUCUUGCCUUGAGCUGGGUAAAUCUACUCUACUUCUCCAGAGGGUCCAAAAAUAUGGGAAUCUACAGUGUCAUGAUACAAAAGAUGGUUCUUGGGGAAAUUCGUCGAUUCCUUGUCGUGUACAUGGUCUUCCUCAUUGGGUUCUCUACAGCCGUGGUAACUCUGCUUGAUGAGGAGCCUAUCAACAAAGAUCAAAGAACAAACAUUUCUGAAAAACAAUGUAAUGACCGUUCUGAAGGACAAGCUAAGCAGGACAGUUCUGAUGAACAUUGUAAGAACAACACAUUCAAGAGCAUCUACUUCACCACUCUGGAGUUGUUCAAGUUUACGAUUGGCAUGGGAGAUCUGGAGUUCACCGAUCAAUAUCAAUAUACAGAGGUCUUCUAUGUGCUGCUAAUUCUGUAUAUAGUGAUGACUUACAUUUUGAUGCUGAACAUGCUGAUCGCUCUGAUGAAUCAAAGAGUGGAGGAGAUGUCCGUAGAGAGCACCAGCAUCUGGAAACUACAGCGUGCAAUCACCACCUUGGACACGGAGUGGAUUCUUCCCCAAUGUCUGAAGAUAAAGCUGCGUUCUGGGCAAGAGAAGGACCUAGGUGGGGGGCAGGAGCCUGAUCGACGCUGGUGCUUCAGUGUGGAGGAAGUCAACUGGAACCAAUGGAACAGAAACCUGGGUGUAAUUACCGAGGACCCUGGGAAAUGCCUGCCUGUACCUUCCCCAACUGAACUUCAGAGAGAGCCCAGCCAGCGUGGACUCCUGCAAACGUUCAGUAAACGUUGGACACAGAGACAACAACGCAGAGAUGUACAGGAGCUGAGUCCUCUAGCUGAGACCUCUAGCUCCGUCUGAUGCUUUUAUAAUCCAUAAUCUAUUGCAAUCUGUUUUGCCGUUCCCUUUCAUUCCAACUGGUGUAGGAAUAAUUACAUAUUAUGUCUGGUUAAAACUUGACUGUGGUUAAUUUAAAGAACAAAUACACCUCAAUGGUCAUUCCUGUUAUGCAUCAUAUAAAUUUUUAAACGAAUGUAUGUGUUGUCAAGAAAGUAUUUAUAUAAAGUAAUAUACAUAACCCCAAUGUUUAUUAAAUUGUGAUAAAACAAAACUAAUAUGAUUUACAUAUUUGGAAAUAUCCAUAUUAUUAAAUUUGUUUAAUUAUUUAUUCAAUACAUUAACCCUUAAAAGGGAACAUAAAGGUAGGCCUACCCAAGUAGCCUACCUAUUUUCCAACACUCAAAAAUAAUUUCAUUUCAUGUCUCUUCAGUCAUUCAAAUGUUUCUAUGUAGCAGGAUUGUGGUUUCGCAUGGUUCUGCUUGUGAUUGAUGUGGCAUAACAGAGCCCUACAGUAGGCCUACAUCUGACAAGCAUCACAGGAUGAUGCAGUUAAGUUGCAGACACGAUUAAUCCACUGUGCUUAACAUCAGAUCGUAGAUGGGUCAUGUCCUCCGGCUAAUACUUCACUGCAGAGCUGAAAUUCUGUGACCCUAGAUUGUAAAUGUCCUGCUGUGCUCUUAUGUAUAACUAAAAUUUACAUCCGCACUAGAUUUUUAUUUUUUUUGAUAGAACAGAAUAUCAACACAGUCAAUACAAUUACAAUACAACAUUUUUCAAAUGCUAGGGGGAGACAUUAUUAGACAUAAACAUUACAGGAAUACAUUAAGGAAUGUGCAAGCGUGCAAAAUUCGAAUAGCUUUUUGUUUCAUCGAGGGCAAUAUAGACUCAAUAUAAUGCUUUACUUCAUUUUUAAAUACUA